ACAUUUUGUAUACGUCAGAAAUAUUUGCGAGCUUGUUUUUAAUCCUUGCCCAACGCAAAUUAAAUUAAAAAUACUAAUAGAUGGAGUACACAGUGCAAUGUUGGCAGCUAUGGCCUGCGGCUUUCUUGUUGACGUUGUUGCUUCUCCAAAGUGAUGCGGCGCCCGAAGCUCUCAAAGCAGCGCCAACAACAACAGCAAUAAUAUCAAGUAACACUAAUACCAAUACUAGAUUGCUAAGGACCGUUAAAAAGGAUCAGGCACCAGUCUCCAUAUUGCCAGCGACACAUGAAUUGGGCGUGUCACACGCAACUGCGGAAUCCUCUACAGAUAAAGUUGUCGUCAUCAGUGAAAAUCCCCAGAAGCUAGGAACAGUUGUCGUUCCAGGCAAAUUGCCCGAAGAGGAGGUGCACAUUGAACGUUCAAACAAUGAUUUUCCCGAUACAUACGUCGCUGUCUUCUAUAUUCUAGUGGGCAUAACAAGCUCUGCCCUAUUGCUGCUGAUCGUACGCAUUUAUCGUCUACGCUUAUCUCGUGCUGAGCGCAAAUACGGCGUGCAAGGCGAUCGAGCCAAUCAGGAGUUAACGCCGCUCCCAAUGGCUAUCGAAGAUGUAAAUAGCGACGAGGAGGAGGAUCAAACACUAUUCGAAGUUAAUAGGCAGAGCAUACGCAUAUUAUGAAAGCCAUCAUAUUAUGAUUCUCAUUAAAAACAGGAAA